AGUCCCUGGCAGGGAUAAAUAGGCAUUAGUUAGCGUGCACCAGGGAGAAGCACUGCUCCAGGCUAAGCCAUCAGAGAUUGACAGCUGGGAUCAGCUCUGCAGGGUGGACAGUGGAGAGGAUGUCACCCCUUUUAGCCCUGGGGCUCUUGGUGGCUGGGUUCUGCCCUGCUGUCCUCUGCCACCCAGAUAGCACACUGGGCAGGGAUACUCCAGCCCAGGGUGACCAAGACAACAGGACACAAGUGGACAGUCUGAGCUUGGCCUCCAGGAACACCGACUUCGCAUUCAGCCUCUACAAACAGCUGGCUUUGAAGAAUCCAGAUAAAAAUGUUGCCUUUUCCCCGUUCAGCAUCUCGGCUGCCUUGGUCUUCCUGUCCCUGGGGGCACACAACAAUACCCUGGUAGAGAUCCUAGAAGGUCUCAAGUUCAACCUCACAGAGGCCUCAGAGACAGAUAUCCAGCAGGGCUUUGGGUACCUCCUGCGCAUGCUCAAUCAGCCAAGGGACCAGCUGCUGCUAAGCACUGGCAGUGCCAUAUUUAUAGAAGAGCAGCUGCAGCUCCUGGCCAAGUUCAAAGAGGAGGCAAGGGCACUGUUCCAGGCCAAGGCCUUCACCACAGACUUCCAGCAGCCUAAGGAGGCCAAGAAGCUUAUUAAUAACUAUGUGAAGAAAGAGACCCAGGGGAAAAUCAAGGACCUGAUCUCAGACCUGGACCCUCAGACUGUCAUGGUGCUUGUGAAUUACAUCUACUUUAAAGGCAAAUGGGAAACACCCUUUGACCCUCGUGACACCUUCAAGUCUGUGUUCUACUUGAACAAGAGGCGGCCUGUAAAGGUGCCUGUGAUGAGCAUCGAGGACCUGACCACACCCUACUUCCGGGAUGAGGCGCUGUCCUGCUCUGUGGUGGAGCUGCGGUACAAGGGCAAUGCCAGUGCCCUGUUUAUCCUCCCUGACCAGGGCCGAAUGAAGGAGGUGGAGGCCAGCCUGAACCUGGAGACCCUGAGGAAGUGGAAGGACUCUCUGAGACCCAGGGAGAUCAAUGAGCUCUACCUGCCCAAAUUCUCCAUCUCUGGUGACUAUAGCCUGGGGAACAUCCUUUCCCAGCUGGGCAUCAGGGAAGUCUUCUCCACGCAGGCCGACCUGUCAGGAAUCACAGGGGCCAAGAACCUGAAGGUCUCCCAGGUGGUCCACAAAGCUGUGCUGGAUGUGGCUGAGACAGGCACAGAAGCUGCCGCCGCCACAGGAGUCAGAAUUGUCGCCGUGUCUGCAAAACUGGACCCGCUGAUUGUGAAUCUCAAUAGGCCCUUCUUGCUGAUAAUCUUUAACGAGAAUACCACCAUCUUUAUGGGCAAAGUCACCGACCCCAGGCAAGCCUAGAGCUUCUCACUGACUGAGAUUUCUACCCAGGAGCCAGGGCUGGAGCCCACAUUGGGUUUUUGCAUGCCUCCUGGCCUCUGUACCCUGAGUGGCUGUGGCAUGCGGGGCCCUGGCCCUCAUCCUUGGGACAAUGACGGUGACUUGCACAUGCACAGAAGUCUGCGGCCUGUCGGUCUGGGGCUCUGAGGCUUCUUGGUGGCACUUAGCUCCUGGACUCUGCCUUUGUGCCCCUCCCUGCUCACUCUCCUGUGCCUGUGCUCCAAAGCCUAGGCCUAGGCUCUGUCCUCCUCUAGGCUAUGGGCCCUUCUAUCUUCAGCUUCAGUGGCCUUGACAGGACUAUGAAACCUCUGGCCCAACCCAUGUGGGCCUCAGGCUCAGAACCAAGGGGGGAACCUUGCUGCCUGAGCCUCAUUCCUGCAUCUGGCACCAUCUGAUGCCUAGUUCUAAUUUCAUACACCCAGGCCCAGGCCCUGCCCACCACUGCCCCUCGAAGGGACUCCUAAGCCUGCUCACAUCUGCCAAUUUUAGAAUCCCUCCUCCUGCAGCUGCAUGGGGCCUGCUAGUCAGACAUGCUCUUGCCUUCCUUGCACCCCUAAUUAGGGAGAAUAUCUAUUUUCUGGGUUCCCAGUAGACUAAGCUCACAUGACAGAUGACACCCCUAUCCUUAGCUCCCAAAAUACAGGGCUGAGAAGAAAUGAUCAAUAAACAUAACUGCACAGAAAGUGGCCAGGCAGUGUUCACUCAACUCCAGUUGGAGCUGGCGAGGCCUCAGGGAUAGGGUCGGGAAGGUUGGGGGGAGAAUAGGGAUUGUCACUCAGCCUUUGAAAACUGGGGCUUUUAUGCAAAGACCUUGACUUCAGAUAACCCCUCUGCCCCCUAUGGUGGCUCUCAGACCUGCAUGCUGUUAUUACUCCUGGAUGAAUGAGGUGGCUGAGGCACAGAGAGACUUGACCAUGUCCCACAGCCACAUAGUUAGACAUUGUUAUGGCUGGCAGGGCCGCUAUUCCAAGUUCCCUGAUGUCAGAAAGCAAAGAACUGGGAUUCUGUUCCUGAGGACCUCAGAGUGGUGAUGGGCAGAGGGAGGAUAAAGCAAGGCUCUGGGUGCUUCCUAGAAAGCACUCAGCUGGGCCUGGAGGUCAGGAGUAGCCUCUGUGCUGAGAUCAAAGGAAGAUGAGAAGGCAGUCAAUUAACCAGAAAGAUUGUUUCAGGCAGAGGAAAUAACAAUGGGGACUUCCUAUGACUCUGAGAGAAGGUGGGAUGCUCUAGGGCACAGAGCAGAGGGGCCUGGUGAGAAAGAGGCCUCAACAGGGCCACUGGACUACAGAGGGCCUAGCCCCGUGAAGAUUCUAAUCUGGCUCCUUAGAGCUAUAGGGAACUUUGUGGGGGUUAGACAGUUAGUGUGAGAAGAUUCGCGUUUUAGGAAAGUUGUUCUAACUGUAGAGGAGAGAACUGAUUUGGGCUCACAGAGGGAGUGGCGUCCUGGGCUGCUGUGGGAACAUCAGGCCACAGCUGGGGAGAAGAGUGGAUGAUUCAGCUCAAGGGCUCAGGAGUCUUGAUGACUAGAUGAAGGACAAGAGGACAGGGUGCAUUUGAGUCGGGGUACAAGGUGUCCAUGAUGAGUCCUCUGAGACAGCACAUGCGGCCAGAGACCCUUGCUGGGACAGCCUUGUCUAGGGUCCCUAAGAACACUUAUUCAGGAAGCAGGCAGGCCUGAGGUCAGCAGAGAAUUGAAGCCUGGAGGGUCAUACUCAGGACUCCCUUCCCCAGAGAUGGGCAGGUAAGACUAAGGUGCCCUCCCAUAAGGGCUAUGUAGAGAAGGGGACCCAUCUAUUUAUAAGGACUCCUAGGAAAGGACAGCAGCCAGGCAGGAAGUCAGGGAUAAAGCUGCCCCCAGGACCAAGACAUACCAAGGGGACAGGGAAGGUGACCUAGAUCAAUAAACAUAACUGCACAGAAAGUGGCCAGGCAGUGUUCACUGGACUCCGGUUGGCAGGGGCAUGGCCAAAGGGACAGGGAAGGUGACCCAGAGCAUACCACAGGGUAGUAAAGACAUUGUUAUGGCUGACAGGAUGUAUGACAUCCUGUAUGAUCCAUGGUCUAAAGUCAUUCAGGCCGCACAGGUGGAAUGUUAAAAGAGUUAAGACCUCUGUAGGAGGUAAAGGGUCCAGUGAGCAGAUAGGAUUAGCAAGAAAGCAUACAGAGGAAUUUUCCAGAAGCUAGCCCUUGGAGAAGGAGAAAGAGUAGAGGGAGUAAGAGCUCUGCUGGAGUCAGCUUGAGGAUUCCCAAGAUGCAACAGCUUCGAGUAAGGUGUUUGACUACAGGAUAGGCUCAGGUGGUGGGGCGACAUCAACUGGGCCUACAGCACCGCAUGACUCGGAAAGAACAGUGAGUGCAAGAGACUUGACAUCCUCAUGCCCAGACAGCUCAGGUAGUGGCCAGCAAGCCUGCAAGAAACAGCUCUGGAGAGAGCACUGUCCCUGGGCGGAUGGGCUGGGAUGGACUCCAGGCCAGGUGGAGGGUGAAGGUCAAGGCUUGUACUUCAGUAGGAAUGCGGAGCAGACCCUGUGAGGCUCCAUUUCUUGAUGAGAGACUAUGGGUUCCUCCGUCCCAGUGACUCAUGAGUUCCAGUGCAGAGACAAAGUUGCCUAUAGUUUGACUGACUGGACCCCAGAUCUCAGGGUUCCUCCAUUUCAUCGUCACCCCCUCUCCUUGCGCUGGGCAGGUAAUAGAACAUGGGGAGGGAAAGAGAGGUGUCUGGAAACAAGAUAGUUCAUAGAGGCUGAAUGCCUGGAAUCUUUUUAAAUUGCUCAAAGAUUUCUACUUGCUGAGUAUCUGUCUUAUAUACUCUUACCAAUGGGAAGGGACUGGGGAAUGUUCUCACAAAUUCUAUGCAACUUGUUCUUCUUUCCCAGAGCCCUUCCUCCCACCACACAGCCUCAUCCCAAGUCAAAUCUUGGUCUGACACUUAAAAGUCAUGAGAUUUUAGUCAAAUUACCUGACAGAACUAAUGGCCAUAGUCUCCUCUCUAUACAUUAACGAUCAGAGAGUAUCCACUAUAGAGGAACAUGGAACAGAUUACAAGUUAGUAAUAGUAAUUAUAAUAACCACCAAGGGCCUGGUUAGGGGUGCCAUCCUCCUUUCAUCUCAGACCCUCUGGGUCAGAUCAGAAACCUACUCCAGAAGUUCACUCUUUGUCUCCAGAGAUAAUGUAUGUUUGACAUGGAUGAGGAGGGCAUUGAAGCAGUCGCCACCCCAGAAACUGACAUCUCUGUCUUCUUCGAAGACUGACAUCUCUGCAAAGGACCCUGAUGGCCAUGGGGCAUGUCAACAGGCCCCUCAUAGUGUCCAUGCUCUCCCCGAAGAGCCAGGACAUCCUCUUUCAGAGAAUAAACGCCACUCCCAGGAGGACAUACAACUGAAACUGUAACUUGCAAAGUGGAUCGUAGUGGAGGUACACAACAGAUCCAUUGUGCCCAGCUAUGCCUUGCAACACUUACAUAGUCUGGAACACGUUUAUCACAGUGUACUCAGACCCCUGUGGCCCGAAAUCAUCCAGGACAUACUGUUCUCUGAGUAACUCCACCCACACUCAGGGAUUCCCAGUGUUAAUUCUGACCAUGUUUCAUGGCCCUAACAUCAUCAGAGACUGACUUCCAACGUCAUCUGCGAUGAUGCUGCAAUACCAUGCAGAUGGCUGCCUUGAGCCGUUUUCUGUUGCUGUUACUGAGGACCACAGACUGCACAAUUUGCGGAGGUGUGUGAUAGCUUUUGGUCAUUCUAAUAAAAUAUCUAAGAUAAACAGCUCCAAGAAGGAAAGAUUUGGUUUGAAUCAUGGUUUCAGAAGGUUUAGUCCAUGGUCUACUGGCCCUAUUGCUUUGGGCCUGAAACAUGGGAAGGUUUGUGUAUCAAAAGACACUACGGAGAGAGUGAAGGAAGGGAGAUGGCUCAGUGGGUAAAGGAUUUGCCAUACAGGCAUGAGGACCCAAGUUUGGUCCCCCAAAACACACAUGAAAAAGCCAGGUGUGGUGCUGUGCACUUAUAAUCCCAACACCAGGGAGGUGGAGACCCUGGUGCUCACCGACCAGUCAGUCUAGACAAGCUGGAAGCCUCAAGCCAACAAAGAGACCUUGCUUCAUAAAACGAGGUGGACAGUACCUGAGGAACAACAGCCGAAGUUGAUCUCUGGCCUCCACGGUGGGAAUGGUUUCUGUUACUGGCCAUAAUCUGGACUAAUGACUUUUGACUAACCCAGCAAAACCACGUGCUCUUGUGUCUUGUGACCUUGGCAUCUGAUCUCAUUUCCUAAGCAACCUCAAUUUGGUGUUCCACCCAAUAAAAGAAUGAAUGAAUGAAUGAA